AUGAGCGAGGUGAACACAGUUAGCACCGGACCGUCCUCUCUGUCGGGCCACGCUCUUGUCGCCAUCGAUAAGAUUGAUACGAGCAACAAGGCCGGAUUCGUCAAAUCCUGUCAGUUUAGCCGAUUUCGGGUGCUUAUGGUCUGCGGAGCAUGUCAAAUUUAAUCACUAUUUCCGAAACCGCAGACAAACGUUUUGUGCUGCCUACCGCUAUUUUGUAGUUUAUAGCCUAAGCAGCACUAUGCAUACAAUCUGCGUUCUCAAUAAUUUGUAUCAGAAAUGACACAAUUUUCAACGGAACGUUUGCAGUAAUCGGAGGAACAUCUCUGGUCACCUUUCUGCUCGGAGUCCGAAGUGCCUGGAAGCACUGUAGACAGCCAGAAGCCGCCGAUCUUGCCACAGCCCAGGUUUUCCUAACGUUUCCCUCAAACUGUUUUACCAAUCUCUGUUUUUCAGCUCUUCUCGGGUGCCGCGUUCGCCGGUAAAGCGUUGGGAGUGGCGACAGUGAUCACCGUCUCCGGCUUCACGUUGCUCAUAGUCGGCGUGUCUGCCGUGCUUCAAGUGAACACUCCCCGCCAGUUUGGCUCGGCGAUGAAAAACGCGUUUGGCGACGCGAUCCGAUUGCCGCAAAGCGCCAAUUCGCAGACGUUUGAGGAGUUUAUCAAGAGCAUCGAGACGAAAACUGGAGUGGCCGAAGAGGAAACAUCUGAAACCUCGUCUACUUCCCCUGCCUCUUCUCAAUAG